UCGUGCCACGACUCUCCGUUUCUUGUCCAUCUUGUGAAGCAAGCAGGAGCAGUCUGUGUCGCUGUCACGCAGGAGUCCGAGCGCAUUCACAUGUGUCUUUUGCCUCGUCUCGCCAUCUGCGGCAGGCCGUCGAGGUUUUAAGGCGCUGCGCCUGCAGACUGAGCGGGGUAAAGAUCUCGCGAGAGCUCCGGCUCGCUGUGGCUGUGCAGCAGACAGAGGGAGAAGGCAGGCAGGCAGCAUCAUGGCGGACAGAGACAGUGGAAGUGAGCAGGGAGGAGCAGCUACGGGCCCAGGCUUCGGUUCCAUGCACCUAGCGACAGGAGGGGCGGGCUCGGCCUCCGGGCUCCAGCAUGAGACCCAAGAGCUGGCGUCGAAGAGGGUUGACAUCCAAAACAAACGUUUCUAUUUGGACGUUAAGCAGAACGCGAAAGGCCGCUUCUUAAAGAUAGCAGAAGUCGGGGCCGGUGGAAACAAGAGCCGCCUCACUCUCUCCAUGUCCGUGGCGGUUGAGUUCCGUGACUACUUGGGGGACUUCAUCGAACAUUAUGCCCAGCUGGGUCCGAGCAACCCGGGGAUGGUACAAGACGAGCCCAGGCGAGCCCUCAAAAGCGAGUUCUUGGUCCGAGAAAAUCGGAAAUACUAUAUGGAUCUGAAAGAGAACCAGCGGGGACGGUUUCUGAGGAUUCGACAGACCGUUAACCGGGGGCCCGGUUUGGGAUUCACGCAAGGCCAGACGAUUGCUCUGCCUGCCCAGGGACUUAUUGAGUUUCGUGACGCUUUGGCUAAACUUAUUGACGAUUAUGGUGUAGAGGACGAACCUGCAGAGUUGCCCGAAGGGUCAUCGUUGACUGUGGACAACAAACGGUUUUUCUUCGACGUCGGAUCCAAUAAGUACGGUGUGUUUAUGAGGGUAAGCGAGGUGAAGCCAACGUACCGCAACUCAAUUACAGUGCCCUACAAAGUGUGGUCCAAAUUUGGGAAUACUUUCUGUAAAUAUGCCGAGGAGAUGAAGAAGAUCCAGGAGAAACAGCGGGAGAAAAGGGCAUGCGAGCUGCAGCAACAAGAGGAGAUGCAGCAGGACGAUGGAGACGAGGAUUGAUAUAGACAGCAAACAAAAAAAAGAAAAAAGAGAGAGAGAGGAAAAACAUGCCAGAGUAAUGAAAAUAACAAGAGAAUUAUAAUUAAAAAGAAAACACUCUACUGUAUAAUGAAAGAAAUCUAAAGAUUUAACUGUAUUGGUUUAACCAAGGGAGCAUCACCCACAAUAUAAGAAACCUCCACGACCUGACAGUUAUGACAUGUUGUCACUCAUCGCUGGAUGUUACCCCACUUAACCACCAUUAAUACAGUAACAGGCUGCUAAACAAAGUAAUAACAUUAUAUUUGAACAUUGUUUCCUACUUGACAAACGAUAUUGAACUGUUUAUUUCCCUUAUUAACAGAAAACUUUUGUACCAGUUAAAGCUAUUGUAAAGAGGAGAGGAAAAAAAAGUGUUUGCAAUGUUCAAAUUGAAUUAUUGCCGAGUUCAAAGGAGAGACAAAAAAAAGUUUCCUUCUCAUGUGAGUUAAAUGACUUCAGCACAAAUCAGAUGUUUUAAUUUUUAAACCAAAAUUCCAAAACUUUGUAAAAGGUUGUCACAUGUACUUGCCAUCCUAUUUACCUUUACCUGUGAGUAGAGAGGUGUUUACACAUAAAUCAUAUGAGGGCUAGGCCUGCUUCGGAAACUGAUAAGAUUUCAUGCAGUACAUAUAUAUAUAUUAAAAAAACAAAACAAAGGAACGUGUAGGCAUUUUCAUGAAAUGAAAUAAGUGCUCUAUUUAUUGUGCAAUAUGCAUUGCAUAUAAGGAACUGGUCAUUGGAUCUUGACAUUUGCCAGAGGCAUUCAAAGAUAUAUUAAUAUUGUAACUUUUGUUUCAGUUGAAAUUGUUGCCAUGCAGAUGGAUAUAUAAUAGACUACCUUUGUGUCUCGUUGUUAAUGCAAUGUGUUCAGUUUAAAGGUACUAAAUGUGUAUUUGAUAGAGGAAAUGCAGAGACAACAUGUAGCAAAUGGCCUGAACUGCAGAUUAUUUAACAAGGCAAAAGACCCUGAAUAUACUGUGUUGAUUGGCAUAGUAAAAACUGGAAGAGCGCAAUCGGUUAGUACAUAUGAAACAAACUUUUUGUGAUCUUGUUUAGUCAUAAAAGUCAAAAUGGUGCCAAGGAGUGCUGUUGCUGCAUGUUUAUCUGCACUACGAUUUCGUUGGUCUCCCAAAAUAUUGUCUCAAAGACCCUUCCAUACGUAUCUUUAUCUGCCUAUGUUGUAUGAAUCUCAAGUUCGAGGACUGGGGGGGGGGAGAUUACCAUCCAAAAGGCUCGGUGUAGUUCUAGUGGAAGUUGUUUCAAAGCAUGAUUGUAAAAGCAGCGACCUUGUGAACAGUAAUCGAAAUGUCACCAUCACACUAUGAGGACGGCCACUGAGGCGCUUGCCUGGCUUAGCCGAGGUGAAGACAGCCUGGUUCACCUGUUGGUGAAUGUCUGUUAUGUCAUUGGAUGUGCACAUUCCUUUCUUGCGUUUUAAGAUCUGAGGGUGUGAAGUUCAGUGUGGGGCUACUUUGGAUACAUUCUCAUAGCUCUGCUUUAGAUUUGUAAGCCCAAAUACCCACCUGGGGUGAUGAGAUUCUGUUCUGGUCUAAUUGUAAAUAUUUGGGCUGCCACACGGAAAACAACUGGUUCUAAUCCAGUUCAGUCGCAUCUCAUAGAUGUGUGAUAGCAGUUUUAUAAACUCUGUCAGUAAACUCCAGAGAAACUGGCAACAAUCAGAUACUGUCAGAUUUACCUCAGCAUUGAAUUAAAUGAUUGCUCCCAUGUUUAGAUUGACUGGAAACCAGCAAACUAGACUGUCCUUGACCACCUAUUUUUGGAGCCUUUGGUAUAGCCUAAAUGAUACCUGAUUGGGAGCAUCCUCUUCAGCAUAUAAACAACCUGGUGCCUUACACACUCCGCAUGCUUACACGCUGGCCUGGUGCUUUGGAUCGCAGUUAUGGCUUCUUUUUUUUUUUCUUCUUCUUCUACUUCUUUUUUUCAAAUCUCCUCUUUCUUCUAUUUCUUGUGUCUCAGCCCCCUUGUGUGCUAGCGCACGACUCGUGGUGCUAAAAGUGUUUGUUACAAACUCUUUAGAAAAAAAGGAGCAGAAUUCUUAACUUUAACUUUUUUCUGAUACCUUUCAG